CGACAGUGCGAGUCACAGACCAAUUGAGUGAUCUGAACAACUUGUAGAACUUGAUCGCAUAAUAUUGUUAAUUGUACGUCUUUUGUACAAAGAUUUCCGUAUGGGUUUAUUGACGUCCUUAGCAGUUUGAAAAUAUUAGAGAGAUUAGGAAACUAGGAAUAACAACAAAUGUAAAUCUAAGCAACAUUUCAAGUAAAGUAAUAUGUCCAUCCAUGGAACUGCCCCCCAGGGGACCUACUUUUAUGCAGGGUAUUCUCUCGAUGGGUUUCGCCCGCAUUUCCAUGCUCCAACUGGCUCUGCGCCGAUGUGGCAAAAUAGUGAAUAGGCCAUCGGCUGGGCCACAAAUGUACGAAGUGAGAUGUCAAAAUGGUUUGUCUAUACGUCAUGCGGACCACAUCCAGCACCGUUGUACAACCGAACAAAUUAAGAGCGGAGGCACCACCGAGCUCCCUUUUCACGUUCUUGUGGAUAUAUUUGCUUUUCCUAGGCCGAUAGAAAACAACAGCAAACGCAGCAUGUUGAUGCUGUCACAUAAGUGGAAAAUGAACAGUCAUUCUACAAGGACACGUCCCCCAAUUCAGCGACAGCAUCAUUCCAAGUAAAAGAUCUUAUGUGUAGUUCUUUUAAAAACCUUGCAAGGUGUUAAAG